UUGAGAGUCCAAGAGUUGACUACUAGUAUUCCAGGGUGUAAUUAGGAACAAAACUAUUUGAGUUUACAUAAGAAAAUGGCAAAGCCGGCAAUGAGAUUCCAAUAAUCAUAGACAAUUGGCAAAGCCGGCAUGUUUGUAAUGGUGACUUUAGCCAUGGAAACCUACUCCAUAUUAGAUGUGAAGGAAAAUCAUUACUACUUUGAAAGCUAAAAAUGUAACUGAAUAUAAGAGAUUUAAAGCAAGAAAAAUUAGUAAUAAUAUAUUGGAUUGUUGUUUUGUGCCAAAAGAGUUAAAAAAUCUGUUAAAAAGGGGAAACAAAAGUGACAGAAAAUCAAAACAAUAAUCAUAUUAUGUCAAGCAAGUGCUACUUGCAGAUGAAAAUUAGGCAAAAAUCAUGUUCUUCCUUUGGCACUUUACCCUGGAACAUGACAAAAUUGAAGUAUUACUCCUGGUUGUCGUUGAUUUCAAAGCUGGUAGGUUGGCUUGAAAUUACCUUGGACGAUGGGGUUACUUGACAAUUACUACAGUUGGCUUAUAAAAAUGUCUCGAUUGCAUCUUGUCCUGUGUUUUUCUAAUGUAAAAUUUUUAAUGUACAUUUUCUUUUCUUAGUGACAAAGACAAUGGGGAAAUUGAAGUCCUUGCCAUAGACAAGUCAAAUACAAAAUUCCAAAUGGAAAGAACAGGCAAUGGUACUAUAAAAGAAGAGUAAUUUGGGCCACCAGCCAGUGCAUUUUAUCAAAGCAUUUCUUUCUCAUUUGCUCAAUGGUCCAUAGUCUCAGCCACAAACCAUGAAGAACAAAGCAAUUGAAAUGAGAAGUUGUGAAGGAAAAGGUAAAAUGAUCCAAGUUUUUUUGCCUUCCAUCUCCAAAUUUGCCAUCAUUGUCUGUCUGUCAUUAGUUUUUCCAUCUCCAAUCGUGUCGCUGCAAUCUGCAAUCAACGUUUGGCCUAAACCAAGGCUAAUUUUAUGGCCAAAACCUGUCGCCACAUUCCUCUCACCAAGUUUCACCAUCAAUUCCCCUCACCACCAAUACCUAACCCCCGCCAUCAACCGCUACCUCCGCCUUAUCCAGACGGAGCACCAUCAUCCCCUUGUGUCCCCUUCGGUCAACAUCUCCAACUCAUCCGCUCUAGAAAUUCUUACCGUGAAUAUAAUUGAUCUCACCGCCCCUCUCCAACAUGGGGUCAAUGAAUCCUACUCUCUCUCCAUUUCUGAAGUAGGUGUCACCGCCUAUUUGACAGCCACCACUGUAUGGGGAGCAAUGAUGGGUCUAGAGACGUUUUCCCAGCUGGUGUGGGGUGAUCCCUCAUCCGUCCCGGUGGGUUUGUAUGUCUGGGAUGCUCCCUUGUUUGCUCACAGGGGAAUAUUGUUGGAUACAUCAAGGAAUUAUUAUGGGGUGGAAGACAUAUUGAGGACUAUAGAAGCAAUGAGUGCUAACAAGCUUAAUGUGUUCCAUUGGCAUAUUGCGGAUUCACAGUCUUUUCCUUUAAUGGUGCCCUCGGAGCCUGAGCUUGCGGCCAAGGGAUCUUAUGGACCUGACAUGAUAUACUUUCCCUCAGAUGUGGCUAGGAUUGUUCAGUUUGGCUUGGAACAUGGGGUCAGGGUCCUGCCAGAAAUCGAUUCACCAGGCCAUACAGGAUCAUGGGCAGAAGCCUACCCAGAAAUUGUUGCCUGUGCUAACAUGUUCUGGUGGCCAGCUGGAAGUCAAUGGCCUGACAGGCUCGCAUCUGAACCAGGAACUGGCCAUUUAAACCCCUUAAACCCCAAAACCUACAAAGUUAUCAAGAACGUAAUUCAUGAUGUAGCCACUCUAUUCCCCGAGACAUUUUACCAUGGAGGAGCUGAUGAGAUAGUUCCUGGAUGUUGGAAAGCUGAUCCCACGAUUCAGUCUUUCCUUUCCAAUGGUGGAACCCUCAGCCAGGUCCUGGAAACCUUUAUUAACUCUACUUUGCCUUACAUUAUAUCCCUUAAUCGUACCGCGGUCUAUUGGGAGGAUGUUUUAUUAGAUGACAAGGUUAAAGUAGACCCCUCAUUUCUUCCAAGGGAGCAUACCAUUUUACAAACAUGGAUCCAUGGCACAAACAGUACCAAAAAGAUCACUGAAGCUGGAUACCGGGCAAUUGUAUCGUCUUCAGAUUUCUAUUAUUUGGAUUGUGGACAUGGAGGUUUUUUAGGGAAUGAUAGCCAAUAUGAUCAGCAAACAGCAGGAGGUAACUCUGGAAAUGGAGGAUCUUGGUGUGGACCAUUUAAAACAUGGCAAACAAUUUAUAACUAUGACAUAACUAAUGGUUUGAGUGAAGAUGAAGCCAAAUUGGUGCUAGGUGGAGAGGUGGCAUUGUGGUCAGAACAAGCUGAUCCUACAGUUUUGGAUUCAAGGAUUUGGCCAAGAACUUCAGCAAUGGCUGAGGCAUUGUGGUCAGGAAACCGUGAUGAGAGUGGGAAAAAGAGGUAUGCUGAGGCAACUGAUAGGUUGAAUGAGUGGAGGUAUAGAAUGGUAAGUAGAGGGAUCAAGGCUGAACCAAUUCAACCAUUGUGGUGUGUUAGGAAUCCAGGAAUGUGCAAUAUAGUCAAUUCAUUUUGAUUUUAUAGUUUUCAAUUAAUUGUUCUUGUUCAACACAGAAUUGAGAAACAAGUUAGAUGAAAUUUGGUUCUCUAAUUCACUUGCUUUAUGCCUCUUACAUUUACAACUUGUAUUGAUGUUUCAAUUGAUUAGCAAAAGAAUGUGUCUUAUAUUAUAUUGCAUAGCUUCUAAUUUUCUUCUUACUUCUAGCAAUAAAUAGUUAACACAUUGGAGAAAAACAAGCAAUUGUUUCUGGGAAGAAAUCAUGCAAGAGUGUGAAACCCAAAGGCAGCAAUUUUUCAGAGAAAUUAUGCAGGAGGAAGCUAGAUGAUAGAAAGAGUUGCAUAAGAAAAUGCAACUGAAAGACAAAGAUUCAUGACAAAGAUUCAUGAAAUGGAAAGACAAUAAAAUUGAGACCCACACCAGUA